ACCCCACUUCACCCUCUACUCCAUCACUCAUUCCCUUCAGCGGAAACUGAAGCCUCACUCUCAGGAGCAGGAGGAUAUAAUCUCAACAAUGUCGGAUCUUGAGGCUCCCUUGCGCCCGAAGAGGAAGAAGGUUUGGGUGGACUAUUUUGUUCAGUUUCGAUGGAUAAUUGUUAUUUUUGUGGUCCUUCCCAUUUCCUUCACAAUUUAUUUCCUCACUUACCUUGGUGACGUGAGAUCUGAGUGGAAGUCCUUUAAGACGCGUCAGAAGCAACAUGAUGAGAAUGUCAAGAAGGUUAUCAAACGGCUUAAACAGAGGAACCCAUCAAAGGAUGGUCUUGUCUGUACUGCUCGUAAGCCCUGGAUUGCAGUUGGGAUGAGAAAUGUUGACUACAAGAGAGCUCGUCAUUUUGAAGUUGAUUUGUCUGCUUUCCGGAAUAUUCUUGACAUCGACAGAGAACGAAUGAUUGCAAGAGUGGAGCCCCUAGUCAACAUGGGGCAGAUCUCUAGGGUGACUGUUCCUAUGAAUCUUUCCCUUGCUGUAGUUGCAGAGCUAGAUGAUCUCACUGUUGGUGGUCUCAUCAAUGGCUAUGGGAUUGAAGGAAGCUCCCACAAAUAUGGCCUGUUCUCUGAUACUGUGGUGGCCUAUGAAAUUGUGUUGGCAGAUGGCACUCUUGUUAGAGCCACCAAAGACAAUGAGUACUCUGAUCUAUAUUAUUCUAUUCCAUGGUCUCAGGGAACACUUGGGCUUCUUGUUGCUGCUGAGAUCAGACUUAUCCACAUUAAGGAGUACAUGAAGCUAACCUACCAACCUGUUGUUGGUAACCUACAAGAUAUUGCACAGGCAUAUUGUGAUUCUUUUGCUCCCAGGGAUGGAGACCAGGAUAAUGAGGAAAAGGUUCCAGACUUUGUUGAAGGAAUGAUUUAUUCACCUACACAAGCUGUGAUGAUGACCGGGAGAUAUGCUUCAAAAGAAGAGGCCAAGAAGAAGGGGAAUAAGAUCAACAGUGUAGGAUGGUGGUUUAAACCUUGGUUCUAUCAGCAUGCAGAGACUGCUCUGAAGAAAGGAUUGUUUGUAGAAUACAUUCCUACCAGAGAAUAUUAUCACAGGCACACAAGGUGUUUGUACUGGGAGGGAAAGCUUAUCCUCCCAUUUGCUGAUCAAUGCUGGUUUAGGUUUCUGCUUGGUUGGUUGAUGCCACCUAAGGUUUCUCUCCUCAAGGCAACUCAAGGUGAAGCUAUAAGAAACUAUUACCAUGAAAUGCAUGUCAUCCAGGACAUGCUUGUUCCUUUGUACAAGGUGGGAGAUGCAUUAGAAUGGGUUCACCGUGAGAUGGAGUUAUACCCCAUUUGGCUGUGUCCACACAAACUGUUCAAGCUGCCCAUCAAAACUACGAUUUAUCCAGAGCCAGGUUUUGAACUACAUCGCAGACAGGGAGACACCCAAACUGCUCAAAUGUACACAGAUGUUGGAGUUUACUAUGCACCAGGUCCUGUUCUUAGGGGUGAGGUAUUUGAUGGUGCAGAAGCAGUGCGUAAAAUGGAGAACUGGUUGAUUGAAAAUCAUGGUUUUCAGCCACAGUAUGCUGUGUCUGAGCUGUCUGAGAAAAAUUUCUGGAGGAUGUUUGAUGCUGGUCUAUAUGAGAAUUGUAGGAGGAAGUAUGGAGCUGUCGGGACCUUUAUGAGUGUAUACUACAAAUCAAAGAAGGGCAGGAAAACUGAGAAGGAGGUACAAGAAGCAGAGCAAGCUCACCUUGAAACUGCAUAUGCAGAAGUUGAUCAACCAGUAGACUGAUUUUGAAUUUUGGUUUGACCGAUGGUAGAAUUUCAUUGCAUCUUGUUUCUGAAUUUAUAUGGUUUUGCCUAUGUUUUCUUUUAAUCUUUGGGUUCAGGUUGCCUUAGUUGCGGAAUACUGUUUUGGAGUUUCCAGUAUCUUUUCCUAAAUUAUGUGGACUUGACAUGAUGAUUUAACUAGUUAGACUGAAAUUGCUAGUGUAUUCGAGAAAUUCUUCAGUUCAAAUAUCAAUGCAUCUGCAGAUGCGCAACUGCCUAGCCUUGUUGUAUCGGUGCACUGCGGUUGCCCGUACAUGCAUUGUGAAUCAUGUGGUUUUUACAUGUACUCUGGUCCUAUGGCAUUUGUUUUUUACAUGUACUCUGGUCCUGUGGCAUUUGAUUCCUUGAAAUUUACCUGCCAUCUAAUGUAGUCUUUGGUUUAAUUUAUAGUCUUGCUAUCAAUGGGUGAGAUGAACAUGCAUAGAGUUUGAAUGAUUCAUUUUAUUAGCAAAUCUUAGCUAGCACCUCAAAACAUUGGAUGAUAAAUUAAAAAUAAAAAGUUUAUUAAAAAAUGUCAUUAAUGUAUUUUUCUGUGAUUUUUAAAUAAAGUAACUUACAUUUUAUUUAAUAUAUAUUUGCUUUUAAUUAUUUAAUGAUUGUCAAUGUCUGGACAGGAAAAUCUUAUUCCACUUUCAACGAUUUUACUCAUUUAUAUUUUGACAUUUAAUGCUCAGAUCAAAUGGUCCUGCCACAGUAUUUAUGAUAUACGAUUAUUAAUUAUUUAUGAAUCGCCCAUACCGAAGGAGAAUGGACCUGAUGGCGAUACUUUGCAGGGUGACGUAGAAAAGAGCUUUACGUUUAGUCAGGGACUGAGCUAUGUACUGCUUGAGGUACUCUGGAGUUAGAGAUCAUUAUUCCCCAGACUUAAAAUAACUGUCGGAAACUACCACAUCACCUUUCAAUGAUUUUUGGCCUAUUAUUGGUCAAGACUUGAGUACUUUUGUGUGUAUAUAUAUAAUUUUGCCUUUUC